AUGUCGGAAGAGAUAAAUAAAGAUAUUAUUGUUGAAAAUCCAGCUGCGACGGAGCCCUCGAGUGAGGUAACUAAUUUAGUUACAAAGGAAUCAACAACAGUUGAGGAUAGACCUAAAUUCAAAAAGAGAAUUGGUGAUGAUGCACCACCUCCACCUGAAGGGAUAUCGAAAUCUAAAUGGAAGAAAAUAUGGAGAAGACAACAAUUUGUUGAACAUAAGGAAGAAUAUUCACAAAAGCGUCGUGAAAAACGUAAGAGACAAAAACAGAACAGAAGAAGUAUUAUUCAAGGUUUCAAAGAUCGUGGUGAAGAGAUCCCUGCUGAAUAUGUUCGUCCUCCAAGGAAGAACGUGAACCAAAAACCGGCCGGAUUCUCUAUCCUCUUAGAUUGCGGGUUUGAUGAUCUAAUGAAUGAGAAAGAGGUUUUAAGUUUAUCUAAUCAAUUGACAAGAGCAUAUGCAGCUAACAGAAGAGCCGAUCAUUAUGCGGAUAUGACCGUGACCAGUUUCAACAAGAGACUAGAAGAGAGAUUCAAAGUCGGUUUAGUUGACAGUUUACAUGAAACAUGGCCUAAUUUCAAAUUCGUGGCAGAUGAAACGUUGAUCACUGAGGGUGACAAAGAUAAGAUGGUUUACUUGACAGCAGACACAGAAGAAACCUUGGACAAAAUUGAAGCUGGAAUGACAUAUGUCGUAGGCGGAAUUGUCGACAAAAAUAGACACAAAGAGCUAUGUUUAAAUAAAGCCAAAAGUCUGGGGAUCCCCGUCAAGAAACUACCCAUCGAUGAAUUUAUUAAGAUCGACGGUAGACAAGUGCUCACCACCACACACGUUGUCCAACUAAUGUUGAAGUACUUUGACACAAAAGACUGGAAAGAAGCCUUCGAGAGUGUAUUGCCUGCCAGAAAGAUUGGGCUGCCAUCCUUGAGUGAAUUGCCAGUUAGUGACUCGGAGUCCGACGAUGAACACAGAGAAAUACCCGCUGCCGCCAGGAUGGGGGAACCUUCCUUAAAGAAAGAUAUAUAA